AACGGAGCAACUGGGAUUAGAGAGAGGAUAUAUAUACCUAUCUGCAGUUGAGGUGGUUUCCACCCCAGCCUUCGUCCACUGUCGUAUACCGGCUCGAUAAGGCGCUUGAUAUCGUCAGAAAGCCCGCAUACAAGGUUGCAUGGAACGAAAGCGGCAGCGGCCAUCAACCAGCUCGUCACUUUUCACAGAUGCCGGCCGCUCAGAAGCUUCCACAAAUGGUUCACCUGGAGGACUACCAGACGCUUAUGCCGAGAGCUCAGGCUCCCCCAGGAAUUUUAAGCUGCAUACACUUUCAAGACUGGCUUCAAGCGAGGUGAGGCUUCCGGCAGUCGAGAACCAGCCUGCACACGUGGCACACGCGCGUCUGGUGCCAUGUGAAGCCGCUGACAUAGCAACAGCCCACGCGUCGUCAUCGCCUACCGCAGCCCAGCUGCAUGCCAGCAGCAAAAACGUCCGGCGAUACCGGGUUAUCCUGGAGCGCCUGGACCUCCCUGCGCCUCCUCCACAACAGCCGGUCCCGGCCGCGUCAGAGGCAUUUAAAGUGACAAAAGGAUGUGGGUCAGAGCUGACCCUUUCCCCGGUGACGCAAGAGGUGCAGCAGUGGGCAGAGGAGCAGCUGCAAAAGCGAUUGGCGCGGAGCCGCUUUCACCGGGAUUCCUUGGGCGCCGCGAAUGAUGAGGCGUUGCUUACGGUGUACGGCAUGCAGCACCUCCAAGUUGCUGAUGCAAGCAACAGUGUCGAGGGUGCGUCGUCGGAGCCUGUCCCCACACCCAUGGAGGCAAGCGGUCCACAGCAACCCACAACACCAGCAGGUGUUGGGCAAUUUGGGGCUGUGUGUGGGGGUGACGUGGCCAGCAUUGCUUUGGGAGUCUCGCAAUCGCCGCAAAACACCUUCGACCAUGUCCUGGACCGUGGAAACUCCGGUGUCUCUGGCGUCUACAUGCUACCACACCUGGCGAGCUCUGCCCCCGGUCGAGCCACCUCCUCCCGCUUCCCGUCUUCAGCAGGCGCAGCUACACCCGCGGGCCUUACUGCCAUGGAGUCCCUACCUUACCCUGCUGCUCAGUCGUCCGCAGCCGUUGAUAUGUGCGCUGCACCCGAAGAGGUCCUGGCGGAGGCGCCACAGUCCUUUCUUCCAGGGCGGUCCAUUGCGGUAUCAGCCUACCAACCCGCACCAAGCGCAGGCGCCCAAGCUCUGGACAUGGCAGCCUUCGUGGCCCAAGUCGCCGGUACCUACAACACCGCCGGUGGUACGGCAGCAACCGCGGUCACUCCUUCUGAAGUCGCGUGCAGCUUCGGUAGCGAUGUUCCUGCUUCACAGCUAACGGUGGCUUGGCUUGGACGGGGAGUUUUCGAACUGGGGGAGACGCCUGUGGAGGUUGGGACCCCGGAGCCCAUGGACAGUGUGCAUGCAUCGGUCAGCACGAGCACUGCCGGUGCCUCCCCGUUUGGCACGCCCAACCUUUGGAGCGGGCAACAGCAGCAGCCGGCGCAGCGGCCGCAACCAACGCUGUUGCAGGAGAUUGAGGAGCAUCAUGAACGGUUGCGGCAGCUGCGACGGCAGCAACAACAGCGACAGCCCAGUCCGCUAUCCCGCUCAUCGCUGCCGUCACCAGGCAUGUCCGCCUUUGGCAGGGAGGGAAAGCCGGCCGCCUGGGGUGAUCUGAGCCCGCAGCGGUGGCGGUCUGCACCGGCGGCUCCGGAGUUUGAGCUUGACUUUAGUGGGGCAUUGUGUGGCCCCGCUGCUAAUUCACGGAUGUUCACCAGUGCACUGCAACCGUCGGAACCGGUAACGCUAUCGGGGCAACUGCCAGCACCCACAUCCACUGGCGUGCCGGCACACCUGGCCAUGCACCCGCUGCAGUCCCAGCGUUCCCUUGGAGCCAUGCAAGCUGAGCCAGCCUUUGGUGCUUCGUUUGCAGAAAGCUUGCCAUGCGGCGAUUGGCGGCCUUCUGCGCAGCUUCCAGAAGCGGGCUUCCGCGAGGAAGGCCAUUUCCUACGGAUGCAGCCAAGCGUAGGACCUAACAUGCGGGCAAUGCUGGGUCCCUCGGCAGCUCCUUUAGCGCCGCAAGCGCUUGAUCUUUCAGGAUACACCGCCAUAGCCGGCUAUCAAGAAUCGGCUGUGCCUUAUGGCGGAAACCUCGCGAGGAGCUGGGGUUUGGAGGCUCCUGGUGUCAGAUUGGAGAGCAGACUUGGACAGAACUCCCAAUCGGGUUUGUAUGGGGCCGGUUACAGCAGCAACGGCGUCUUGAGGCUCCCAACUCUGCAGAGUAGCGCCGACAUGGCUCCGCUUGUUGGGGGCCUUCAGCCGGGGCUGCCGGCCGCACGGGAUGCGGCCUGCUUUCCUUGGCACCAGGAUGCAGCAGCAGCCGUACAGCAGCAAUGGCAGGAAUGGCAGCAGCCCCUACAGUCUCUACAUGGUACGCUGCAUGGUUGACGCGUGCCGUGGAGUUGGGCAUUGCAGCUAGCGCUUGCGCUACGCUAGGCGCGGCGCAUCAAGUUAGCCUGGGUAAGGGCCGUAGCUCGGAGUAGGUUUUAACAACUAUUGCGCUCCCUCGCGAGCCCCACAGCUUAUUGCGUUAUGACCUUCGGGCUGCAAACCUGUGCUUUGGGCCCAAGGUUUUUUUGGCGGUUGAUUAUGCCGUUGCAGUGAUGACUAGCGAUUAUGUUUGCAUGGUUUGUAAGAGACGUAGAAAGUUUUACAUGCUUGGCAACCAUGCGACUGGGAAUGCCAGUGGCUUAUGUUGGUCAUGCGGGUGGGUUAGUAAGUGGCAGGGUUGCAGUAACGCGUGGUGCGGUGGGCGGAUAAGCAAGGUGAGUAGCCCCCCGUUAAUAACCCGUAGUAUGUUGGGACUCUACUGAUGGCCUAUGCAAGGCAUAUGCGAGGUCUCGAAUGUGCCGGGACCAUGAGGCCGUGUCGGCUUAAGACGUGUGUAUCAUGCAGGAUGGAGAGGAGGGAAGGCAAGCGGCUUCGUCGUGUGCAUUAUGAAUCGGGGAUGUUGUAUGUUAAGCGGCAUGUGGUGAACACGUGGCAGAGCCAAUGACAAACAGGCAUAAGCCCAAACGUGACCGGACCCUGCAAUCAGGGACCGCCGAAAGGCGGGGCGCUGUGACAGGAAAUAAAUGUGCGUGUGUUAAGAAAACACAAUAGUGCGCGUGUUAAGAAAACUGCGUGUGUGUGUUUUUUGACUGGCUACUGGCUACACUGCAAUGUGUACUACCGGUAGCUAACGUGGAGUUAACGCGGUGGCAGGUUGUGCCGGAAGUCAAGACGAUUUCAUCUGGCAUCCGCUCCAUGUUGAGGAGAUCUUUUUGUUGGUAUGCAACUUCGGUGCCCCAAGGGAUGCUUACGGUAAUAAAGGACGUAUUGUUGUCUCGAUGUGCGUAUUACGGUUGGCAGGUCGCUACGCUUACAGCCGCACACUGGCGGUGUAUCCUUGCCCUUUAUGCGUUACACGUCAUGUGUACGGGGAGACGAUGCGGUAUCGAUGGUACGGGCCUGUGGCAGUGUGGCCAGAUGUGGUUGUGAUUUGUGAGUUAGUGACUUUUUCUAGCGGCCUUUGUUGACAGCCAUGAAGCGUUUCCGAUUCUGAAUAAGUAUCGGUUUUUUGCCUUGGCGGUUGGAUCCAGUAACUCCGCAGUUCAAACAUUACCGAACCAAUGGGCUUGCGCGCCCGGAUUGAAUUGCGAUGGAGGGGACUUACUACGUUAUCGGUCGUUUUCUCGUUAACUGUGUCCUUUCCGCUGUCAUCCAUUCACAGCCUUGUGCUGCUCAAUAAGUCUGUUCGCCACUCAUAGUAGCCAUGCACCGGGUCAUUGCCCUGCCUUGAUCACACACUAAGGUUGAAGUUGGUACCUUACCAGGAGGCGUUGCGUCCUGGGUAGCACCUACCUGCAAUGGUAGUGUUGUGAAGUACGUCCGUGCCCCACACGUCAUGCUAGUUCACGAACGAGGGGUUUAAGCACAAGUCAUCAUACAUCACGAGGCACAAUUUGGCAUUUUGGCAUUGCGGCUAAGUACUUUCCGUACUGCGCCAAUUCAUGCAGAUCGGUUGAUUGGUUGGUUUACCGCGGUGCGUGGAGAGCCAUUACCUCGUGCGGUGCAUGUUGCACGACAAGGAAUGCAUCGAGGGCUCCCGCGUGUAGCGCCAUUGCGACGCUUAGCUUCAUUACAUUUGUUAGGCGGAUUGGUGCUGUCCGCUUUCUCUGACAUGCGUUUGACAUGGUUGUCGAUUGGGCAGAGCGCCGUACUUCUCAAACUUAUCAUACAGUGUUCGCUUACACUGCGCAUUGAUGCUAUUCCCCGAUGUAGCGGGCUCGCCUGCACAGUUUGGUGUUAGCCCGGCGUUUAUGGCUUUGCGUCUUCGUCCGGAUGUAGCCUGUCAGAGGUACGGGUAGCCCAAGUUUACUGAUGGUGAUUGCUUGACUAAUAACGUCUUGAUGUUGCUUCGGCUUAUCCUGACACACUAAAGCUUUGUAUGCAGUGGGCGAGCAGCAAGCCAGCAGAACCUUUGCCGAGGUUCCCAAUUGUACUAUUUGGAGGUCCGUCGGUUGAGGAGGGUUACAUCGUUUUGUGGUUGGAUUGGCGGGAGACCGUGAUGCUAUUCGGUGUAUGCAUGCGCGGAUCUCUUCUGGAUGCCCGUGACAAAGACAUUCACAUGACUCCGAUAGUUAAGGGUUGUUAACUAUUCUACGUGUCGUUUGCUCGCAGCAGACUAGCAGGGCAGAAUCAUACCUUGCCUAACAAGUAACUCGCAUUUACCGGCAAUUUAGGUUGUUACGUGGGAAAUGCAACCGCCGUCUGCUCAUUCCCUCACGGAGGGCACAAGUAGGAUGAUACACAAGCUAGGAUCGGAAUAUUACAAGCAACGGUUUACUUGUGCAUGCAAGCUCUACAUUUGAUUGGGGCGGCCAGCGAUGUAUAGGCUAUGCGGACCAAUCCGGACUGUCUGAACCUUCCAACACAAAGCGUGCUCACCGAACUGUUUAUGGUGUUGCCUCUGCACCUGAC